UACUUUGGGCCGAGACUCCACCUAUCGACGUGUGUGCACAUCACGCGUGGCUACACGCGCGUAAUCAGUCAUCUCAAUUCACCGUUGUUCCCUUCCCUUCUCCUUCUUCCCAAUUUCCAAACCUUCGAUUCAAGCUCUGAACCAGUUAACCCUCAAUUUCCCAAUUUACCCUUCCACCACCGUAUCGGAACCCGCUUGAAACUCUGAAGCAACCCAACGAGAAACCACAACCACAUCCUCUCUGAUCUGAGCACCUCACCUCUUCAAUCUUCAUCCAUGGCUCCUGCUACCUCCCAGCGAGCUGAGCUGGCCAGGCUCUGCAGCUCCAAGGACUGGUCCAAAGCCAUUCGCAUCCUCGAUUCGCUCGUUUCUCAGUCUGGUGCAAUUCAAGACAUCUGCAACAGAGCCUUCUGUUACAGCCAAUUGGAGCUUCACAAGCACGUAAUCAAGGAUUGCGAUAGAGCUCUUCAGCUUGACCCUGUGCUUCUUCAUGCUUACAUUCUGAAAGGUCAUGCGCUUUCUGCGUUGGGAAGGAAAUCUGAUGCUGUACUAGUAUGGGAGCAAGGUUAUGAACACGCUCAGCAUCAGUGUGCAGAUUUGAAGCAGUUGCUAGAACUUGAAGAGCUUUUGGUGAAAGCAAAACAAGGCAACGAUAAUGGAUUGUCCAUGCUACAAGCCGAAUCAGAUUCUCAGAGGAAUGGGAACGUGUCUGAAACUUGUGAGAAUCAAGAUAGGUUGAGUGACCAAGCUGAGUCAUGUGGCAACACAAGUGAUAAAUCUGAUAUCUUGCUGAAGUCUGCUGAUAAAUUUGACUCGAACAAUGAAUUAAAUAAUGAAGAUAGAGAGUCUAGUAAAUGCGAUGGCCAAUUGAAUGGAACCCCUGAUGUUAUUGAUAAAUUGAGCUAUAAUUCUGAAUCAUGCAAUGACUCAAGUGACGCCUCUGAAUCAUGUGAUAAAGUAUUUACCACUGGUGAAUCUAGUGACUCGACUGAUGUCACUGAAAUUAUUAGAAAGCCAAGUAGUAAGUUUGUUUUUCCCCAUGAAAAAAACAACGAAGCAAGGAAAAAUAAGAAGUUCUGCGUUUCUCGGAUUUCAAAGGCAAAGUCUAUAAGUGUAGAUUUCCGGCUUUCACGGGGAAUAGCAGAGGUUAAUGAUGGAAGAUAUGCUCAUGCCAUAUCCAUUUUUGACCAGAUACUUAAAGAGGACCCUGCAUAUCCUGAGGCUCUGAUAGGAAGAGGAACAGCAUAUGCAUUCAAAAGAGAACUCCAUGCUGCUAUAGCUGAUUUUACAAAGGCAAUACAAUUUAAUCCAUCAGCUGGUGAGGCAUGGAAGAGGAGAGGUCAGGCCCGGGCAGCCUUGGGGGAGUUUGUUGAGGCUAUUGAAGACUUGACUAAGGCAUUAGAGUAUGAAUCCAACUCAGAAGAUAUUUUACAUGAGAGAGGAAUUGUCAAUUUCAAGUUUAAAGAGUUUAAUGCUGCAGUUGAAGAUCUUUCAGCUUGUGUGCAGAUAGACACGGAUAAUAAGUCUGCCUUCACAUAUUUGGGUUUAGCAUUAUCUUCAAUUGGUGAAUUUAAAAAAGCUGAGGAAGCACAUCUAAAAUCAAUUCAACUUGAUAGAAAUUUCCUUGAAGCAUGGGCACACCUGACUCAGUUCUAUCAAGAUUUAUCGAAGCCAACAAAAGCUCAUGAAUGUCUAAAUAAGAUGCUACAAAUUGAUGGGAGGUUUGCAAGAGCUUAUCAUUUGCGUGGCCUUUUAUUUCAUGCAACGGGCGAGCAUAGGAAGGCUAUCAAAGAUUUGACAAUGGGGUUGAGCAUUGAUGGUGCCAACAUUGAGUGUUUAUAUUUACGAGCUUCAUGCUACCAUGCUGUUGGACAAUACAAAGAGGCGGUCAAGGAUUACGAUGCUGCACUGGAUUUGGAAUUGGACUCAAUGGAUAAGUUUGUUCUCCAGUGCCUUGCGUUUUAUCAGAAAGAGAUUGCUCUUUACACAGCCUCAAAGUUUAACAGUGAGUUUUGCUGGUUUGAUAUUGAUGGAGAUAUUGAUCCACUUUUUAAGGAGUACUGGUGUAAGAGACUGCAUCCAAAGAAUGUAUGUGAAAAGGUUUAUAGGCAACCUCCUUUGCGGGAGUCUUUAAGAAAGGGGAAGCUUAGAAAGCAAGAAUUAGCUCUUACAAAGCAGAAGGUUGCUCUUAUACAGGCUGCAGACUCCAUUGGCAAGAAAAUCCAGUAUGAUUGUCCUGGUUUCCUACCUAAUAGGCGUCAGCAUCGUAUGGCAGGAUUUGCUGCUAUUGAAAUAGCGCAAAAGGUAUCCAAGGCUUGGCGUACAUUUCAAUCAGAAUGGAAAAAUUCUAACAAAAGCAACUCAAACUCGAAGAGUGGCAAAAGGUCUAGGAGAAGGGAUAGAAUUAAUAUGCCCAGUCAGAAUAGGGGAGGCGCAGGUUGUAGCACAAGUAAUGCCAUGGAAACAUCUUCAUAUAGCAUUGUAGAUGAUAGACCAUCCAGCCGUUCCAUGUCAUGGAAAGAUAUUUACUCAUUUGCUGUUAGAUGGAGACAGAUUUCUGAGCCAUGUGAUCCUGUUGUUUGGGUUAACAAGCUAAGUGAAGAGUUUAAUGCUGGAUUUGGUUCUCACACGCCGAUGAUUCUGGGACAAGCCAAAGUUGUUCGUUACUUUCCUAACUAUGAAAGGACCUUAGAUAUUGCAAAGACUGUGAUGAAAGAAAGGUCAUAUGUCUACAGCAAAACAGAUCAGAUCAUUCAUCUUUCCAAAGAUGGGAAAUUAGAAAAGAUCAUGCAUGCAAAAUCAUGCUCUGAGCUUUAUAAUAUUGUUGGUGAGGAUUUCUGGUCGGCUACGUGGUGCAACAGUACUGCAUUUGAAGGGAAACAGCUUGAAGGGACAAGGAUAACACUCGUUAAAAUGGGACAACAUGGUUUUGACUUUGCAAUUAGAACACCUUGUACACCUGCUAGAUGGGAAGAUUAUGAUGCAGAAAUGGCAAUGGCAUGGGAAGCUCUCUGCAAUGCUUACUGUGGUGAAAACUAUGGAUCUACUGAUUUUGACAUUCUUGAAAAUGUGAGAGAUGCAAUUCUAAGGAUGACAUAUUACUGGUAUAACUUCAUGCCACUGUCAAGAGGAACUGCUGCAGUUGGAUUUGUAGUCAUGCUGGGUCUGUUGCUUGCUGCUAAUAUGGAGUUCACAGGAAGCAUCCCACAGGGUUUCCAGGUUGAUUGGGAAGCUAUUCUGAACAUGGAUCUAAACUCCUUUAUGAAUUCCGUCAAAAGUUGGCUAUACCCAUCUCUGAAGGUGACAACCUCAUGGAAAGACUAUCCUGAUAUCGCAUCAACUUUUACAACAACAGGAUCGGUUAUUGCUGCCUUGAGCUCUUCUGAUGAUGAUUGAAUUCGUUCAAACAAUGGCCAGGUCUCUGCGGUUGCUUAAUAAUUAUAUUGCUGCUGGUCUUUCAUAAACAUGCUGGAAAAAUGCAGCAGAAUUGUUGGAAGCAUUGACAUUAACUUACCCAUCUUCCUACUGAGGCUUGAUCUGCACGCUUCAUUUUUUAAAAUUGUAAUAUUGUUGUUCGCAUUGUACAGUAAUGUAACUCCAGGCAUUGGGUGAUUAAAUUACCGUUUAUCUUCAUUGUUCCAACAA